CGGAGUAGUCUGAGAGCAGCUGAGUUCAGUUAAAAUCCUGUCAAUGCAAGAUCCCUGAGUCAGAGAGAGAUGUUGGUCUGUCUUGAAGGACCUGUGAUUGAAGGUUAUGCUAUGGAGUCAUAGAUGGGUGGAAUGCAGGUCUGUCUUCGGGUUAUGUCCCCAAUUAACACCUUUCAUUGAGAACAAAGGACAGAGAGGGAGCUGGGAUCAUUUGCAUGUCCUCCCUGUCUUGUCCGCUCAUCAGCCUCCGUUAUUGGAGAAGCAGGAGUUAGAUGCUUAUUAGCUAUAAUGAAUAAGGAUAUCCUGACCAUUGCGACUGUUUAAUGACUACAGGGCGGAGGGACGUACACCGCGAUUGCAAACCUCUCCCAGACUCCUUGCUGGAUGUCCCUGACCCGUUAUCGCCUAUCAUUGUCUGUGUGGAUGCAGCUCUGACAGUUAUUUUAUUAACUAGCUAUUGUCAGUGUCCUGGAUUUAUUUAGUAACCUGGAGUUGACACAGCACUGUGCAAUUUCCAUUUGUACAUCACUGGAAGUGUGAGCCCUGGAUUACCUACAAGCCGUGAGACUGAGGGAGACAUGGAUGAGUAUGUUGUGGAGGGAAGCCGCGUGUGGCUGGUCGUGAAUGGCAGCUUGGUCCCAGCAACUGUCACCUCCUGCAGCGAUGGAGACGUCCUGUUCACCACUGACUAUGGGCAGGAGUUCACAUACCCCCGGGCCACCCUCUCUCGGCAGCAUGUGCUCCCCAUGCAUGAGAGUAACAGGGAAGGGGUGGAGGACAUGUCCUUGUUGUCAGACCUGCAUGAAGCUGCCAUCAUGUUGAAUCUUCAUCUGCGCUACCAACAGGGCAAAAUCUAUACCAAUAUAGGCUCCAUUCUGGCUUCGGUUAACCCCUAUAAGCAGGUUGCUGGAUUGUACGAUGAGAGUGCUGUGGAGUUAUACAGUCGCCAUCAUCUGGGGGAGCUUCCCCCCCACAUAUUCGCCAUUGCCAAUGAGUGUUACCGCUGCUUGUGGAAGAGACAUGACAGUCAGUGUGUGCUCAUCAGUGGAGAGAGUGGGGCUGGCAAGACUGAAAGCACAAAGUUGCUGCUGAAAUUCCUGUCUGUGAUAAGUCAGAACUGCGCAGGAGGAGGAGGAAAUCAGACGCACGUGGAGGAAGCCAUCUUGGAAAGCAGCCCAAUCCUUGAAGCCUUUGGAAAUGCCAAGACUGUAUACAAUAACAACUCCAGUCGUUUCGGGAAAUUCGUCCAGCUUCACUUCUCGCAGCAGGGCCACAUUCAAGGGGGCCGCGUGGUGGACUAUUUGUUGGAGAAGACCCGGGUAACACGACAGAGCCCAGGAGAAAGGAACUAUCAUAUAUUCUACGCUCUGCUCGCAGGCGCAAGCAUGGAAGACAGAGAAGCGCUCUCCCUCUCGGAUCCUCACUCUUACCAGUAUCUCCGUACCUCUGACUGUGUGACAGUUGAAGGGCUUAAUGAUAAAGACAUGUAUGACAAAGUUGUGACAGCUCUGCAAGUGAUGGAUUUCAGUGAUGAGGAUAUCCGGGAGGUGUGGAAGCUGCUAUCUGGCACUCUGCAGCUGGGGAAUCUAGAGUUCAUGACAGCAGGGGGCGCUCAAAUUACCACUAAAGCAGUUCUCAGUGAUGUUGCUGAUCUUUUGGGGCUGGAUUCCUUCCAGCUGUCGGAGGUUCUAACCCAGAGAUCCAUGAUCCUGAGGGGGGAAGAGAUCAGCUCUCCUCUAACAGUGGAGCAGGCUACUGAUUCCCGCGACUCUCUGGCAAUGGCCCUCUAUGCGCAGUGUUUCUCCUGGCUUCUGGGAAAAAUAAAUGUUCGUAUCCGAGGAAAGGAGAACUUCAAAUCUAUCGGAAUUCUGGAUAUUUUUGGCUUCGAGAAUUUUCAGGUGAAUCGUUUUGAGCAGUUUAACAUUAAUUACGCCAAUGAGAAGCUCCAGGAAUAUUUCAACAAACACAUAUUCUCCUUGGAGCAGCUGGAAUAUAACAGGGAAGGGAUACACUGGGAGGCCAUUGACUGGAUGGACAAUGCGGAGUGUUUGGAUCUGGUAGAAAAGAAACUAGGAUUAUUGGCUCUGAUCAAUGAAGAGAGUCGUUUCCCCAAAGGUACCGACUUUACGCUACUUGAGAAACUCCAUAACCAACAUGCGAAUAACCCACAUUACGUGAAGCCACGAGUGACCGAGAACCAGUUUGGAAUCAAGCACUAUGCGGGGGAGGUCAUGUAUGAUGUGAAAGGGUUCCUUGAGAAGAAUAGGGACACAUUCCGUGAUGAUGUUUUGAACAUGUUAAGAGAUAGCAGGCUAGAUUUUAUCUACGAUCUUUUUGAAAAAGUCUCCAGCAGAUGCGGUGAGGAAACACUAAAGAUGGGGACACAGAAGAAAAAGCCAACGGUCAGCUCCCAGUUCAGAGAAUCCCUCCACUCUCUCAUGGCAAUGCUUAGCACUUCAAACCCCUUCUUCAUCCGUUGCAUUAAGCCCAACAACGAGAAGCUGCCAAGCAAGUUCAGCCCAGGCAUUGUCUUGAAUCAGUUGAGAUAUUCUGGAAUGCUUGAGACAGUGAAGAUCCGUAGAGCUGGAUAUCCUGUCCGCAGACAGUACCAGGAUUUCAUGAGCAGGUAUAAGAUGCUUCUGAAUAACCUAAAAUGUACAGAUGAUGUUCGGGGGAGAUGUGCCGCUUUUCUGUUGACUUUCGAUGGGUCAAAAAAAGAGUGGCAGCUCGGGAAAACAAAGGUGUUCCUCAAAGAGGCUCUGGAGCAGCGGUUGGAGAAGAGUCGGGAACAGGAACUGAGGAGGGCUGCCUUGGUGAUCCGAGCUCACAUCCAAGGGUACAUUGCAAGAAAGUCUUAUAAGCGUGUACGUCUCUCCAUCAUCACGAUUCAGAAGAAUUACCGGGCUCAUUUUUGGAGAACUGCAUUUGUCCGUCUCCAGCACUCCGCUGUACAGUUUCAGAAGCACUGGCGUGGGAAGACGGCCAGACGCCUCUAUCAGCAAAUGCUGGAGGAAGAGAGGAGGCGGUGGGAAGAGGAAGAAAGAAAGCGGGAAGAGGAGGAAGAAAGACGGAGGCAGGAGCUGGAAGAGCAGCGGAAAAUGGAGGAAGAGAGAAAAAGAAGAGAAGAGGAAGAGAGAAGGGAACAGGAAAGGUUGGAGGCUGAGCUCCGGGCUGCACAGGAAGAACAGGAGAAAGCACGAAACCUGGAGAAUCUUCUACUGCAAGAAGAGGAGAGGCGACAAAUGGAAGAGAUCUUGCGACUAGAGAAAGAGAUUGAGAAACUACAUCACCAACAAAAGCUGGAUGGCGUGUCCAUCUCCUGCGUGGAUACCCGGAAUGAGGUGACAAGACAGAGAGAACAGCAGAUACAUAAGCUGGAGAAGGAAGCAUCUCGGGUUGCCCAAGAGUUUUUAGAACUGUUAGACUUUGGGAAUCUGGAUGAGAGUGCCAACAGCUUGGAGAAUGGAAUUGAUGGACCUUUGAAUGUGGAAAGCAGUGUGGUGGCACCUCUAGCCGAAGAGGAGGUGGAUGAGGGAUUUCAUGCAGAUGAUGAGAUUUUUCCACCUCCUCCACCCAUGCUGCUGGAAGAUGACAUGAAGACCAAUGAAAGCUACUCAGAAGAUGGUACGUACAUGAAAAUCCCUGAUGAUCAAACUGGCACAUCCACAGAUUCGCAGGUAUCCCCACUGGAGCUUUUAUCUACUCAAGAUGCAUACAGCGCCAUCUCCGAUAAGUCUGAGAGCAUUUAUCAGUGCUUAUCAGAUAUACAGAGUAACAGUGAGGAAGCGCAGGAGCCUAUCUACAGCUAUCCCCCAGAUGUGGAAUCGGACUAUGAUCAUGAAGAGUUUGAUGAAGGCCCACCAGGUUCUACUGAUGCCAGAAACUCCAGUGAUGGUCACUUAACCGAUGAGGAGAUUCUUCGGAUUUCCAAACCCGGCAGCUAUGGAUCACAGUGUGGAAGUAUGGAUUCGUUUUUGGACAGUGAUGAAGAAGCAGAUAGCCACAUUGACACUGAUGAAGAACUUAUGACCUCACGCGUCACUCUGUUUAAUGGAGGGGGCCCACCAUAUUUCCACAGUUAUCUCUAUAUGAAAGCUGGAGGCCUGAUGAAUUUAUGGAGACGACGAUGGUGUGUGCUGAAAGACGAAACCUUCAUGUGGUUCCGCACAAAACAGGAAGCUCUAAAAUGUGGAUGGCUCUAUAAAAAGGGGGGUGGGAUGUCCACACUCUCUAGACGCAACUGGAAACGGCGCUGGUUUGUGCUGCGGGAGUCAAAACUGAUGUACUUUGAGAAUGACAGUGAGGAGAGGCUGAGAGGGACCAUCGAUAUCCGCGCUGCCAAAGCUAUCAUUGAUAUACAUGAGAAAGAAAAUGCCCUGGACGUUGUUACAGAGGAAAGAACUUACCACAUAGUGGCAGAAACCCCGGAAGAUGCCAGUGGCUGGUUUAAUGUUCUGAGCAGAGUUCACACUGCAACAUCCCAACAACUGCGCGAUAUGAGGGAUGAACAGGCCAACCCCAAGAAUGCUGUGGGAACGCUAGAUGUAGGCCUUAUUGAUUCUGUCUGUGCGUCAGACUGUCCAGACAGACCAAACUCUUUUGUGAUAAUCACUGCAAACCGCGUCAUUCACUGCAAUACGGACAUUGCUGAGGAAAUGCACCACUGGAUCUCUCUUCUGCAGAAACCACGAGGGGAAGCCAAGGUGGAUGGACAGGAGUUUCUCGUGAGAGGCUGGCUACAUAAAGAAGUCCAGAACAGCAGCAAGAUGGUGUCACUGAAACUAAAGCGCCGCUGGUUUGUACUGACCCGGAAUGCUCUGGAUUAUUACAAGUCCUCUGAGCGAAUGGCAUCAAAGCUUGGCACACUGGUUCUGAACAGCCUGUGUUCUGUGGUGCAGCCAGAUGAGAAGAGUCAUGCGGAAACUGGGUACUGGAACAUUAUAGUAUAUGGCAGGAAACAUUCCUACAGACUCUACACCAAGCUGCUCAAUGAGGCCAUGAGGUGGGCAAACGCCAUCCAGGGGGUGAUUGACAGCAAAGCGCCCAUAGAGACGCCCACUCAGCAACUCAUCCGAGAUAUCAAGGAGAACAGCCUGAACAGUGAGGCCGUAGAACAGACAUACAAGAGGAAUCCUAUCUUGAGAUACACUCAUCACCCACUGCACUCCCCACUACUACCACUGCCUUAUGGGGAUGUCAACCUCAACUUGCAAAAAGAUAAGGGUUACACCACUCUUCAGGAUGAGGCUGUGAGGAUCUUUAAUUCCCUCCAGGAGAUUGAGACCGUCCCUGAUCCAGUUGCCAUAAUUCAGGGCAUCCUACAGACCUGCCAGGACCUGAAGCCUCUGCGUGAUGAAGUUUAUUGCCAGCUGAUAAAACAGACAAAUCAUGUACCCCAGCCCAACGGCCCUGGCAACCUGCGCCACUGGCAGCUGCUCUGUUGUAUGAGCUGUACAUUCCUUCCCGGCCGAAACAUCCUGCGCUACCUCAAGUUUCACCUCAAGAGGGUGAGGGACAACUUCCCCGGCACUGAGGUUGAGCAGUUUGCUCACUUCAUAGUCGAUGCUCUGAAGAAAACAAAAUGCAGAGAGUUGGUUCCAUCACAAGAGGAGAUUUCAGCACUGCUGACUCGCAGUAACAUGACCACUACAGUCUACUGUCAUGGUGGCGGUUCAUGCCAGAUCAGUAUUAACUCACAUACCACUGCUGGAGAGGUGGUGGAGAAAUUAAUUCGUGGCCUCUCAAUGGAUGACAGUCGCAACAUGUUCGCCCUCUUUGAACGCAACAAAAAUAUGGACAGAGCGGUUGAGAGCCGUGUUAUUGUGGUGGAUGUCCUUGCCAAGUUUGAAAGACUUUCCAGCACAGGGGAUGAGGAGGAAGAAUUGGGUCAGUGGAAUCUGUAUUUUAAGCUCUAUUGCUUCCUAGACGUGCAGAGUGUUCCUAAGGAGGGUGUUGAAUUUGCCUUCAUGUUUGAGCAGGCUCAUGAAAGUCUUACUAGUGGCCACUUCCCGGCCCCUGAGGAGACCUUGCAGCACAUGGCUGCUCUGAGGCUGCAGUAUCAGCAUGGGGACUUCUCCAAAGUGUCAUGGUCCCUAGAAACUGUGUAUCCUGUGCAGCGGUUAAAAAACAAAAUUCUCCAGGCCACAAAAAGCAGCAACAUAGGUGGCCAAACUCUGGAGAGGAGGAGAACCAGCUUUUUAGAGGGGACCUUAAAGCGUGGCUUCAAAGUGGGCUCUAUGAAGAAACAGAAGAUGGAGGAGGAGCAGAUGCUGGAGAUGUGGAUAAAAGAGGAGCUCUCUGCAGCUCGCACCAGUAUAGCUGAGAAAUGGAGUCGGCUGCAUGGGAUGUCUCAGCACCAGGCUAUGGUGAACUAUAUGGCGAUUGUUAUCGAGUGGCCGGGAUAUGGGUCUACACUCUUUGAUGUUGAGUAUAAAGAAGGUGGAUUUCCCAAUGAUCUGUGGCUCGGGGUCAGUGCAGAAAAUGUGUCCGUCUACAAACGGGGUGACCCAAAACCACUGGAGACAUUUCAGUAUGAACAUAUUAUUUUCUUCGGGGCUCCGCAGCCUAACACCUUUAAGGUCACUGUAGAUGACCGAGAAAUGUUCUUUGAAACAACCCAGGUGGGAGAAAUCACCAAGAUUAUGAGAGCGUACAUUAACAUGAUUGUAAAGAAACGCUGCAGUGUGAAGUCUGUGACCAGCCAGGACAGUCAGUUCAGCAGCUGGGCCAGGUGACCACCAUACACCAUCUAGUGUUGGAAUCCCAGGACACACACUCAAGUCACGUUGGUGUGAGAAAUUCUCACAAGAGGGAAAAAUUUAGACUUUUUGUUUCUACUGUGAUACAUUUUACAUGCACAGUACUGUGGGAUAACAUGGUGUGUGGACAAUGAAGAUAACUUUGUGUAUCAAUAUCUUGCAUAGGAAAUAAUCAGCUAGAACACCCUUGCACAACAGGCUGCAAGCCUUGUUUCAUCACGGUACCUCUUCUUUUUCUUUUUUUUUGAGGGAAACCGUAUGAAAUAACAUCUUUUCUACAAGUAUUCUGUCUUCCUGCUGAAGAUAUGACCUCUAAUGUCAAUCCAAGUUUGGUCAUUUGAUUCCUUCUCAGGGCUUUUCAAAUAUGCUGGGAGUAUAUUUCACAUUGCUGCGCAUGAUGGAUAUUUAUUGGGGAUAUGCUGGAUUCUAGACCUUUGUCUAGGUGGUCUCUUCUCUGCUUAGAAUCAUCAGUAUUAGUCUGCUCUCCCCAUGGUGGACAAUUCCCUCUAGGGUACAAAGACAUUUUAUGGGCAAAACCUUUUUAUGCUCCAUUCACCUAUUUAAUAAAAGAUUUUUUGUUAUGUUUUAGUGUAAUGUAUAAAGCACAUGAAGAAUUAUUUAUUUGGUCAAAUAUUUCAUCUAUCUCCCCUGAUGCCACCAUGGAAUUUUCCCAUAAAUGUGGACUCUUCUGCUUUUCCUUGUACAGUACAUUCAGUGUUAUCAGCCAUGUAGCACUGGGAUCCUGCAAUACGGCUCCCGUUGCCAGCAAAAAGGACACUUUAUGGGACAUCACAAAUAACUGACUUGUGAAGCUUUGUGUUAGUUGUCCAACAGUGCAGGAUGGAUACAAGUCUGUCUGACAUUUUUAAUUUCUUCUUCCUGGCCUGUAGCACCUACUGGUUGACUUCAAACUCGAGAAACCUUUGUCAUAUAUUUUCAGAGAAAAAGUCCCAGUUAUUUCAUCAGGCAAUCGCUGGAGUAUGAUCAGGGUAUCAUAUUCCGUGCCCUACAGUACAGUACUAAACAUGGACUUUUAUUACCAGCAGCCACAGUUUUACAGUGCUUCCUUUAACCUCAAGGCACGUUACUUACAUCAGCCAUACUGGGUGGUAGAGAGAACUACUGCCAUCAAAGUGGGUGAUUUUCUUGUUUCUUUGAAAGCUGUUGAGUCCUGCCCUGGGCUGCUGCAGGCAGUGGUGCCCAGGAAUGGACCUCUUAUGUUAGAUGGUAGUAUCGACUGUUACUGCUUUUACGUUAUAUUGCUAAUAAAUUAUUGAAUUUAAA